AUGAAUGUACCAUACGCCGCGUCCAACACGGAUGAACCUUUCACGACCAUUGGUGUAUCAUACAAGCGAAUCUUGUGGAUUGCCACGAUAGUGGCAGCGCUCUCCACACACCAUGCGCAAGCAUCGAGUGAGAAGAGCAAAAGAGCCAUAGCGAGCAAUGGAGGCUACGUCUAUGAGCCGCCAAAUGAGAUAUUUACUCCAUCACCGCGACCACCUUCAGGGUAUCAUUACUCACCACCCGAUAGAGAGUUUACGUUACCAACCUUUCGACCAUCGUAUGAGACGACAACCACAAGACGAAGCGUAACGACUCCACAAAUAUAUACAACGGGAUCGCAUCGAACACCGCCGAGACCAACGAUAGUAACUUCGCCACCAGGGACUCCAGGAUAUAAUUAUCCAACGCCUGAUAAGCCAUUCACGUUACCAACUCCGCAAACACAACCCCCUGGUUAUACUUAUCCAUCGGAGCCAACCAGGCCACCAUACGUACCACCUACUUCGUAUACGCCAAGACCACCACCGCAAACUUACCCACCAUCAAGACCUCCCUCACCACCACCGUAUGUACCACCGAAGACAACAGCGCCACCACCACCUUACUCACCGCCAAGACCACCGACGUCACCGCCAUAUGUACCGCCAACUCGACCACCAAGACCUCCUCCAACGGGUUAUACAUAUCCAUCUCCGCCACAUCCGCACACAUUCCCUCCAUACGAACCGACAAAAACACCACCACCUAGACCUCCGACUCCACCACCAUAUGUACCACCAUCUCAUCCGCCUAGACCUCCGACACCACCCCCGUAUGUACCUCCUUCUCCACCACCAAAACCUCCAACACCACCGCCAUACGUGCCUCCAUCUCAUCCACCACGACCUCCGACACCACCACCAACCAGACCAACUGGGUAUACGUAUACAGCACCACCAUUUCCACCUACACUGCCUCCAUAUGUGCCACCAAAGACACCAUCUCCUCCACCCAGACCUCCAAGUCCACCACCAUAUGUGCCUCCUUCUCCACCACCAAAACCUCCGACACCACCGCCAUACGUACCUCCAUCUCGUCCACCACGACCUCCGACACCACCACCAACCAGACCAACUGGGUAUACGUAUACAGCACCACCGUUCCCACCUACAUUGCCUCCAUAUGUGCCACCAAAAACACCACCAUCUCCACCACCAAGACCACCAACGCCACCGCCAUAUAUACCUCCUUCUCAUCCUCCAAGACCUCCUUCCCCACCUCCAAGACCACCAACGCCGCCACCGUAUGUACCUCCAUCUCCACCGCAUACAACACCCGGUGGUUACACAUAUCCAACACCAACGCACCCACCUCCACCAUAUUUCCCUCCGUCACCACCGCAACCACCAAGAACGCCACAUCCGCCAGGACCUCCGACUCGACCACCGUAUCUACCUCCAUCUCCUCCACAGCCACAUACACGUCCACCAUACGUGCCACCUCCGACACCACAACCACCGAAAACACCAGCACCGCCGAGUCCUUAUCCACCGCAUCCCCCGCAAACUCCAAGACCGCCUACCCCACCACGACCAUCGGUGACACCUCCGCAUCGACCACCUACUCCAUACCUUCCUCCUGCGCCACCUUCACCACCGAGGCCACCAGGUCCACCACCAUACGUACCACCUUCUCCACCUUCGCCACCAAGACCGCCAAGUCCGCCACCAUAUUUCCCACCUUCACCACCUUCGCCACCAAGGCCACCAAGUCCGCCACCAUAUGUCCCACCCUCUCCACCUUCGCCACCAAGACCACCAGGUCCGCCACCAUAUGUCCCACCCUCUCCACCUUCGCCACCAAGACCACCAGGUCCACCACCGUAUGUACCACCUUCUCCACCUUCACCACCUAGACCACCAAGUCCGCCACCAUAUUUCCCACCCUCUCCACCUUCACCACCAAGACCACCGGGUCCUCCACCAUACGUACCACCUUCUCCACCUGCACCACCAAGACCCCCAAGUCCACCACCAUACGUGCCACCUUCUCCACCUUCGCCACCAAGGCCUCCAAGUCCGCCACCAUACGUGCCACCUUCUCCACCUUCGCCACCAAGGCCUCCAGGUCCGCCACCAUACGUGCCUCCUUCUCCACCUUCGCCACCAAGGCCUCCAGGUCCGCCACCAUACGUGCCUCCUUCUCCACCUUCGCCACCAAGGCCUCCAGGUCCGCCACCAUACGUGCCACCUUCUCCACCUUCGCCACCAAGGCCUCCAGGUCCGCCACCAUACGUGCCUCCUUCUCCACCUUCGCCACCAAGGCCUCCAGGUCCGCCACCAUACGUGCCUCCUUCUCCACCUUCGCCACCAAGGCCUCCAGGUCCGCCACCAUACGUGCCACCUUCUCCACCUUCGCCACCAAGACCUCCAGGUCCGCCACCAUACGUGCCACCUUCUCCACCUUCACCACCAAGGCCACCAAGCCCGCCUUCUCCACCUUCACCCCCAAGGCCACCAAGCCCACCCUCACCUCCAGGUUAUCUGCCUCCUCCACCAGAUCACCAUCGAAAAACACCACCACCUCCACCACCACCCCCACCUACACAUCCGACACCAACUCCUUUCACGAGACCAUCGACGCAAGGCAACUCGUAUUUACCUCCUGACCUUUCAACGAAAUAUACCCCCGGAUAUCCUACGCAUUCCACGGUGACCCCGGGAUAUCCUACGCAUUCCACGGUAACCCCGGGAUAUCCUACGCAUUCCACGGUAACCCAUGGAUAUCCUACGCCUUCCACGCUAACUCCCAGAUAUCCUACACCUUCUACGAUAACCACUCAUUCAUAUACCCCUUCCACCGGCCGACACACGACGUCGACAACCCCGUAUAGACCAGAUACGUCUAUUACUCCGCAUUACACGGUGCCGAGUACGCGACCUCCGCCAUAUCUUCCACCCUCUACGACCCCUCCGCCACGCGUCACGGUGACGCCACCGCCACCACCCACUCCGAUCUACACCCUCGUGCCCACGUCGACCAUUUACACUCCACCACCGACCGGUGAUCCCGCGCCUCCACCUACUCUACCACCGACCACGAAGAGGCCCAUCGGUUACUUCUACGCCGUGCCGGAGAAUCCGCUCGAGUUGCCACCUUUCGUCCGAUGA